AUGACCAUCCUCAUUGACCAACAUGUUCUUCUUCAGUCAAAAGUUGAAGGGGAAAAUGUGCAUGCUGUUGAAACCAAUGAGCUUGUUGUGAAUGGUGGAUUUCCAGUGCCAAAAAAUGAGACAGAGCAUGGAUUUAUGGCCCCGGAAAUCAAUUCAUUUGGCCACUCCUUUAGAGCUUAUGAUGCUGAAAGCGAGAGGCAAAAAGGUGUUGAGGAAUUUUAUAGGCUGCAACACAUAAACCAGACAUAUGACUUUGUGAAGAAAAUGGGGGAGGAAUAUGGGAAAUUGGACAAAGCUGAAAUGGGUAUAUGGGAAUGUUGUGAGCUACUGAAUGAGGUUGUGGAUGACAGUGACCCUGAUUUGGACGAACCUCAGAUUCAACAUUUGUUACAGACUGCUGAAGCAAUCAGAAAAGACUACCCUGAUGAAGAUUGGCUGCAUUUGACUGCUCUCAUCCAUGAUCUUGGAAAGAUUAUUGUCCUUCCUGGCUUUGGUGAGCUUCCUCAAUGGGCUGUUGUUGGAGAUACAUUUCCUGUAGGUUGUGCUUUUGAUGAGUCAAAUAUUCAUCAUAAGUAUUUCUUGGACAACCCUGACUACAAAUGUCCUGCUUAUAACACUAAAAAUGGGAUCUACGAUGAAGGAUGUGGACUAGACAAAGUAGCCAUCGCAUGGGGACAUGAUGCGUACAUGUACAUGGUAGCUAAAGAAAAUGGCACCACUUUGCCAUAUGCAGGAUUAUUCAUUAUUCGAUAUCAUUCUUUCUAUCCUUUACACAAGGAAGGUGCAUAUACUCACUUGAUGAAUGAAGAGGACAUUGAGAAUUUGAAAUGGCUCAAAAUAUUUAAUAAGUAUGAUCUUUACACUAAGAGUAAAGUUCUAGUUGAUGUGGAGAAAGUUAAGCCAUACUAUAUAUCACUCAUUGAGAAAUACUUUCCUUCAAAGCUUAAAUGGUGA